UCGGACUUGGCUCGGGAUCGGCCCCGCCUCUCCCUCCCUCACUGGGGCCUAGACGGCCGGGGCCGCGGGGAAAUGGAGCCCUCUCCCACCGCUGGGGGCUCGGAGACCACUCGCCUGGUGAGCCCCCGAGACCGUGGCGGCAUUGGUGGCGGCCUGCGUUUGAAGAGUCUCUUCACAGAGGCCUCAGAGCCCGUCCCCGAGGAGCCCAAACCCACAGAGAUGUCCUUCCAGCACUGCCACAAGGACCCCCUGCCCCAGCCGGGUCUCACCCCUGAGAGGCUGCAGGCGCAGAGGCAGCUGUGCGCCGCCUGUGCUGUGUGCUGCGUCUUCAUGGCCGGGGAGGUCGUCGGUGGGUAUUUGGCGCACAGCCUGGCCAUUAUGACCGAUGCAGCCCACCUGUUGGCAGACGUGGGCAGCAUGAUGGGCAGCCUCUUCUCCCUUUGGCUCUCUACCCGUCCAGCCACCCGCACCAUGACCUUUGGCUGGCACCGUUCAGAGACUCUGGGGGCUCUGGCCUCUGUGGUCUCCCUCUGGAUGGUCACUGGCAUCCUUCUGUACCUGGCUUUCAUCCGCCUGCUGCACAGCGACUACCACAUCGAGGGGGGUGCCAUGCUGCUGACCGCCAGCAUCGCAGUCUGUGCCAAUCUGCUAAUGGCCUUUGUGCUGCACCAGGCUGGGCCCCCCCACAGCCACGGGUCUAGGGCAGAGUAUGCACCGCUGGAGGAGGGGCCUGGGGAGGCCCUGCCCCUGGGGAACACCAGCGUCCGGGCGGCCUUUGUGCAUGUGCUGGGGGACCUCCUGCAGAGCCUUGGGGUGCUGGCUGCCUCCGUCCUCAUCUACUUCAAGCCUCAAUACAAGGCAGCUGACCCCAUCAGCACCUUCCUCUUCUCCAUCUGCGCCCUCGGAUCCACCGCUCCCACCCUCCGAGACGUUCUCCGCGUCCUCAUGGAAGGUACCCCCCGAAGUGUGGGGUUCGAGCCUGUGCGAGAUACCCUGUUGUCAGUGCCAGGAGUCCGGGCAACCCAUGAGUUGCACCUGUGGUCCCUCACGCUCACCUACCACGUUGCCUCUGCACACCUGGCCAUCGACUCCACAGCUGACCCCGAAGCUGUCCUGGCUGAAGCCACAUCCCGGCUCCACUCCCGGUUUGGAUUCUCCAGCUGUACCCUGCAGGUCGAGCAGUACCAGCCUGAGAUGGCCCAGUGCCUGCGCUGCCGGGAGCCCCCCCAAGCCUGAGCCACGGCCCCACCUGCCUCCCCCCACUGCCAGGCCCCUGGCUCAGCCUUGGACUCUCAGCACCUGCCUCCCUGCUCACGGAGAAGUGGCAGAGCUGGGCCUGCACCCUUCCUCCCUCCCCGCUUCCACCUGCCGACCCCCCAGCCCCAGUGGGCAAGACCAGAGUGUGUGUG